CAGAAUUGUCAAUUUAUUAAUGAAGUAUGGCUUGUGUGGAACAAGAUAAACUGGGUCAAGCGUUUGAAGAUGCUUUUGAGGUACUGAGGCAACAUUCAACUGGAGAUCUUCAGUGCUCCCCAGAUUAUAAAAACUACCUGACUUUCAUCAACCACUGCUCUCAUGUUAGAGGAAAUCCCAGCUGCUGUGGUAUGCUGCCUUCAGAGGAAACGGUGUAUAACUGGAGAACAGUGAUAAACAGUACUGCGGACCUCUAUUUCGAAGGAAAUAUUCAUCAGUCUCUGCAGAACAUCCCUGAAAACCAGCUGGUACAACCUCCUGUUCUCCAGCAAAAGGGAGGAAAAGGCAGGAAGAAGCUCCGACUGUUCGAAUACCUCCAUGAGUCCUUGUGUAAUCCCGAGAUGGCAUCUUGUAUUCAGUGGGUAGAUAAAACCAAAGGCAUCUUUCAGUUUGUUUCAAAAAACAAAGAAAAACUUGCCCAACUUUGGGGCAGAAGGAAAGGCAACCGGAAGACCAUGACUUACCAGAAAAUGGCCAGAGCCCUGAGGAAUUACGGAAGAACUGGGGAAAUCACCAAAAUCCGGAGGAAACUAACUUACCAAUUCAAUGAGGCCAUUCUGCAAAGACUCUCUCCAUCUUAUUUCUUGGAAAAAGAGAUCAUCUACUCACAGUAUGUUCAGCCUGAUCAAGGAUAUCUAAGUCUAAGUAACUGGAAUGCAAAUUGUAAUUAUACAUAUGCCAAUUACCAUGAGCUAAGUUACCCUGAUUGCUAAAUAUAGUCUUACACAUUAUGAUUUUCUAACAUCAGGAAUCCCU